AUAGUUUUGAGGCUGGCAUAGCUUUAAGCCAAAUUGGAGAAUUUCAUGGAAUUUACAAUCUUUGGAAGAGACAAUAAAAAACUACAGAUCUAUAUUCCUGCUUACGAAAAUUCUGAGUAAACUAUGCUUUCAAGCAAACAAGUGACUGGAUGGUGAGUGGAUAACUGAUCACCAGGGAUCUUGAAUAUUUCCUAGGACAACCACGGCUGGUUGACCUAAUGCGAGAACAAACUAUAUAAGCCCAAAGUUGGAGUUUCAAAAUCACAGUUCAAAACAACCUUCUCUUCAAGUUCCAUUCCUUGAGGGGGGAAAAAAAGCACAACCAAGCCUGACAUUUAACCUGAUCCCUGAACAAAACCAGCUGCUUCUAAAUUCUUGGUGUCCGGAUACAUACAACAAAAAUCCCAUCUCCAGCCUUCUUUUAAGAAAUACCCUUACAUACCCAUUCCUGUCACAAAUCUAAUGCAUAUAUUAGAAUAGCACUUCGGAUACAAUUAAUUUCUGUCAAACAGAACCAACUCUAUCUUGUAACCAAGCAGAUCCCGAACUUCUAGCUAUUUAAGCAAGGGAUAAAAUGGCUGAAGGUUCAGUGAGCUUUCUCCUCUCGAAGCUUGCUCAAAUUCUCGAAGACGAGGGCCAGCUUUUGACAGGGGUUCGGACAGAAGCUGAGUAUAUCAGUGAUGAACUGGAGUUCAUGAAAGCCUUUUUAAGAGUUGCAGAUGCCAUGGAAGAGAGGGACCCGAGCCUUGAAGUGUUGGUCAAGAAAGUGAGAGAUAUUGCUUAUGAGAUGGAAGAUGCUCUUGAUGAUUUCAAGCUGCGUCUUACACAUGAUCGUGGACGAAGAUUCUUUGCUCCUCUCCUAAGAAGUUUCGACUACUUCGUGAAUUUAAGAGCUCGCCAUCAAAUAGCUUCAAGAAUCCGAGCCAUCAAAUCCAGAGUAAUAGGCAUCUCAGAAGCACACCGGAGAUACCUGAUCAGAAAUAAUAUAAUGGGGCAAGGCUCAACCUUCAGCAGCAUUUCUAGGCUGGAAUCUCAAGGGGAUGGCCUUCUGCUAGAAGAAGCUGAUUUGGUGGGCAUUGAAAAACCCAAAAGGCAGUUGAUCGAGUGGCUUUUGGGAAAAAAAUCAGGACGCGAGGUGGUUUCUGUGGUUGGGAUGGGAGGGUUGGGGAAGUCAACCUUGGUGAAAAAAGUCUACGAUGAUCCAGAUGUGAAGAAACAAUUCAAGUUCCGAGCUUGGAUCACCGUUUCUCAAUCUUUCAAGAAAGAGGAACUCCUAAAAGACAUUAUUCAACAACUCUUUCGUGUUCACAGAAAACCAGGUCCUAAAGGUGUGGAUAAGAUGGACUAUGAUAAGCUAAGGACAGAGAUCAAUAAAUUUCUGCAACAGAGGAAGUACCUGAUUGUCUUGGAUGAUGUGUGGCACACAAGUGCCUGGGGUGCUUUCCAACAUGCCUUGCCAAACAACAACUGUGGCAGCCGAAUUAUGGUCACAACUCGUAAUACUGAAGUUGCCUCUACCGCAUGUAUGGAUUUCCCUGACAGGGUAUUUCCUUUGGACCCAUUAUCUCAAGAAGAAUCUUGGAUUUUGUUCUGCAAAAAGAUAUUUCAGAACAAUACUUGCCCUCCACAUUUGAAGAAUGUUUCAGAAACAAUUCUCGGUAGAUGUGAGGGAUUGCCACUUGCAAUUGUCUCAAUCAGUGGUGUCUUGGCAACAAAAGACAAGAAUAAAAUAGACGAAUGGGAAAUGGUCCAUCGCAGCCUUGGUGCUGGAUUUGAAAACAACGACACACUGAUGAGUACGAGAAAAAUACUGUCACUGAGUUACAAUGAUUUGCCUUACUAUCUCAAAUCUUGCUUGUUGUAUUUCAGCAUCUUCCCUGUAGGUAAUCCAAUUGGGCGGAUGAAACUUAUUCGGCUAUGGAUAGCUGAAGGAUUUGUGGAAGGAAAGGAAGGGAUGACAUUAGAGGAAGUUGCAGAAGACUACCUGAAUGAGCUCAUAAAAAGAAGCUUGGCUCGUGUAGUAGAGGCAACUAGUGAUGGACGCGUCAAAACAUGCCGCAUCCAUGACCUUCUGCGCGAGAUUAUGAUUACAAAGGCAAAAGACCAAGACUUUGUAGCCAUAGCCAAGGAAGAAGGCAUGAUGUGGUCUGAAAAGGCCCGUCGUGUAUCAAUACAUAAAGCCGUGCCAAGUAUACAACGAAGACAUGUUGCCUCUCGACUUCGUUCAGUGCUCAUAUUUUGGGGGGCAGAUUCUUGUCCUGACUCUCCUGCGCCUAAUUUGUCGUUUGGUCACCUGAGGUUGCUUAAUGUGUUAGAUCUGGAAGGAGCACCUCUGAAGGAAUUCCCCAGCAAAGUUUCCAGCCUCUUCCUCUUAAAGUAUCUAAGUUUGAGGAACACCAAUGUCAAUUCCAUUCCAAGCUCCAUUAGCAAGCUUCUGAAUCUGGAAACGUUGGAUCUAAAACAUACUCAAAUCUCUGAAUUGCCCGUUGAGAUUCUGAAGCUCAGAAAACUUCGCCACCUUUUGGUGUAUCGUUAUGAAAUUGAUUCUGAUGACAGGAUUCACACCAAAUAUGGUUUCCAACCACCACCUCAAAUCGGAAGUCUACAAUCCUUGCAAAAACUCUGCUUUGUAGAGGCAAAUCAAGGCGGUGAUCUUCUUCUGGAACUGGGAAGGUUGAGUCAGUUGAGACGGUUAGGCAUUGUAAGGUUCAGGAAGGAACAUGGGAAGGCUCUAUGUUCUUCUGUUACAAAGCUGGCAGACCUUCGUGCCUUAUCUAUUACUGCAAUCACAGACAGUGAAUUUAUUGAUUUGGAGUACUUAUCAUCUCCUCCUCGAUUUCUUCAGCGAUUGUACCUGACUGGACGGUUUCGGAGUUUACCAGAGUGGUUGCAUUCUUUGGAUAGCUUGGUCAAGUUGGUUUUAAAAUGGAGUCGGUUGAGUGAUGAUCCACUGCUGUCUCUUCAGCAUCUGCCCAAUCUACUACACCUCGAGCUUGUACAGGUUUACGAUGGGGAGAUGCUGUGUUUCCAAGCUAAGGGAUUUCAACGUCUCAAGUUCCUGGGCAUAAAUAAACUAGAGAGUCUCAGAGUGAUAACUGUUCAACAAGGAGCAAUGCCUUGUCUUGAAAAGCUGAUCGUCCAAAGCUGCAAGGAAUUGAAAAGGGUGCCAUCAGGUAUUGAACACCUGACCACGCUAAAGGUAUUGGAAUUUUUCAAUAUGCCAAAAGAACUCAUCAUGACGUUGCAACCCAGUGAAGAGAAUGGAGAUUAUUUGAAGGUUGCACAUGUUCCAGAUGUUUACUCCACCUACUGGAACAACGGUAUACUGGAUUACUUCACUUUAUUAACCAAAGAGGAUGGAAAUUGUGCCCUGUCUAGCCCUAGCGGUAGCAGGCGCGACUAUAUUUGGAAAAGAGUGAACUCUCAGAAACACAAACCAACACCAACUCUGAACACCAGUAUUAAAUUACUCCCUAGAGUUUCAGAAUCACUUGCUGGAAAACUAAAAGUAAAACCACCCAUGUCUGAAGGCGUGGUAACCUUUUUACUUACGAAGCUUGCAGACUUCCUUGUAGAAAGGGGAAAAAACCUGGCAGGAGUUGAGUGUGAAGUUGAGUAUAUCAGCGAUGAACUAGAGUUCAUGACAGCCUUCCUAAGACUUGGAGAUACGAUGGAAGACAGUGAUCCUGUGUUAAGAUGUUUGGUUAAGAAAGUGAGAGAUGCAGCUUAUGACACGGAGGAUGCUCUUGAUAGUUUCAGCCUAUCCCAUGCUAGUGAUCGUGGGCACGGUAUUUUUUCCUGUUUCAGGAAAAUUGCUCGCUCUAUUAAGGAUAAAAGGGCUCGGCGACGAAUUGCUUCAAAAAUCCAAAGCAUCAAAUCUCGAGUCAUCAGUAUCUCGGAGUCACAUCGGAGAUACUGCAACAAGAAUAAUAUAAUGAUUCAAGGAUCAAGCUCAAACAGCAUCCCUAGGAUGGAAUGUCAAAGGGAUGCCCUUUUAAUAGAAGAAGCUGAUCUGGUGGGCAUUGAAAAACCAAAAAAGCAAUUGAUUGAGUGGCUUCUUGGAAGCAAACCAGGACGUGAAGUGAUUUCUGUGGUCGGAAUGGGAGGCUUGGGAAAAUCAACCUUGGUGAAAAAGGUCUAUGAUGAUUCAAACAUGAAGAAACACUUCAAGUUCCGUGCUUGGGUAACCGUGUCUCAAUCUUUUAAGAGAGAAGACCUCUUAAAAGACAUGAUUCAACAACUCUUCCGUGCCCAUAGAAAACCAGAUCCAAAAGGUGUGAACAGCAUGGACUACAAUAAGCUAAGAAGUGUCAUCCAUGAAUUCCUUCAACAGAAGAAAUACCUGAUAGUCUUGGAUGAUGUGUGGCACCCAAGUGCUUGGCAUGCUUUCCAGCAUGCGUUGCCACACAACAACUGCGGUAGCAGAAUAUUGGUCACCACACGAAAUACUGAAGUUGCCUCUACCUCAUGCAUGGAUUCCCCUGACAAAGUCUACCCUUUAAAUCCGUUGUCACAAGAAGAAUCAUGGACUUUGUUCUGUAAAAAGAUAUUUCAGAAUAAUAUUUGCCCUCCGCAUUUGAAGAGUGUUUCAGAAACAAUUCUGGAUAGAUGCGAGGGCUUGCCGCUUGCAAUUGUGGCAAUUAGUGGUGUUCUGGCAACGAAGGACAAGAGCAGAAUAGACGAGUGGGAAAUGGUACAUCGUAGCCUUGGUGCUGGAUUAGAAGAAAAUGACAUGCUGAUGAGUGCAAGAAAAAUACUGUCACUCAGUUACAACGAUUUGCCUUACUAUCUUAAAUCUUGUUUGUUGUAUUUUAGCAUCUUCCCUGUGGGUAACCGAAUCAAGCGUAUGACGCUUAUUCGACUGUGGAUAGCUGAAGGAUUUGUCAAAUGCAAAGAAGGAAUGACAGUAGAGGAAGUAGCACAAGACUACCUGAAUGAGCUCAUGAAGAGAAGCUUGGUUCAAGUGGUGAAGACAACCACUGAUGGACGGGUCAAAACAUGCCGCAUCCAUGACCUCCUGCGUGAGAUUAUGAUUGCAAUGGCAAAAGACCAAGGCUUUGUAGCAAUCGCCAGGGAAGAAGGCAUUACAUGGCCAGAAAAGGUUCGCCGUGUGUCAAUCCAUAAUGCUAUGCCAAAUAAACAACGAAGACAAGUUGCCUCUCGACUUCGUUCGUUGCUUGCAUUCUGGGUGGCAGAUUGUAAUUAUGAGUCCCCUGUACGCAAAUUGUUUUCUAGUCGUCUCAGGCUGCUUCAUGUGUUGGAUCUGGAAGGCGCACCUCUAAAGGAAUUUCCCAAGGAAAUUGUCAGUCUCUUCCUCUUAAAAUACUUGAGUUUGAGGAAUACCAAAGUAAAUUUUAUUCCGAGUACUAUUAGCCAGCUUAAGAAUCUUGAGACGUUGGAUAUGAAACAUGCUCUAGUCUCUGAAUUGCCUGCUGAGAUUCGGAAGCUCCAGAAACUUUGUUACCUCUUGGUGUAUCGUUUUGAAAUUGAUUCUGGUGACCGGAUCCCCACCAAAUACGGUUUCAAGGCCCCGGCUCAAAUUGGACGUCUACUAUCCUUACAAAAGCUUUGCUUCGUAGAGGCAAAUCAAGGCAGGAAUCUUAUGUUCGAACUGGGAAGAUUGAAACAGUUGAGAAAGUUAGGAAUUGUAAAGUUGAAGAAAAAACAUGGGAAGGCUCUCUGUUCUUCUGUUGAACGGCUGACGAAUCUCCGUGCCUUGUCUGCUACUUCUAUCACAGAAAACGAGAUUAUUGAUCUCGACUACGUAGCAUCGCCUCCUCAAUAUCUUCAACGAUUGUACUUGGGAGGACGUAUGAAGAAGCUACCAGACUGGAUAUCUUCACUGGACAGCUUGGUCAGGUUGGUUUUAAAAUGGAGUCAGUUGAAUGACGACCCACUUCUAUCCCUUCAACAUUUACCCAACCUAGUACAUCUUGAAUUAGUACAGGUCUACAAUGGAGAGCUCUUGUGUUUUCAAGCCAAGGGAUUUCAGCGACUCAAGUUCUUGGGGUUAAAUAAACUAGAAAGGCUCAGGAUGAUAAAUGUAGAGCAGGGAGCAAUGCCCUGUCUAGAAAAGCUGAUAGUCCAGAGCUGCAAAUCACUGCGGAGGGUGCCAUCAGGCAUUGAGCACUUGAGUACGCUGAAAGUAUUGGAAUUCUUCGACAUGCCAAAAGAACUAGUCAUGAGUCUGCAUCCUAAUGGAGAAGAUGGAGAUUACUUGAAGGUUGCACAUGUGUCUGAUGUCUACUCUACCUACUGGAAUAAUGGUAAUUGGGAUAUCUUCUCUUCAUUGGGUGCCAAGUUAGAAGACAAACACUCUGCCCAGCUUACUCCUAGAAUGAUCAAACGCAAUUAUACUUGGAAAUAAUGUGUGAUUACUAUUGACUCAUCAAAUACUGCCUGGUCUCUAUUGAUCAAUGUAUAUAUAUAAAUCA